UCGAGUCAGCGGCUUCGUCCUUCCGGCCUGUGGCUCACACCUACCGCCAGCUCGGGACUGGGUCAGCUGGGUGCGUGCCGGGAUGGGCGGGCUCCUGUUGGCCGCAGCUUUGAGAGGUUCUUAGGACUUGGAGGGGGAAGCGCCUUUUCUUUUAAUUGCUCCGAGGACUGCUGCCAAAGAAACGGAGUAGAUCUGCUCCCUUUUGAGGGAGGGAGCAAAGAACGGGAUUUGUCAGCCAUGUUGGUGAAGGCAGACGAAGGCGACUGCGGCUCCGGGAUGGUUGGCUCCGUGGGUUCUAACCCGCCAUAUUAAUAACGAGAACGGGGAGGUUGACCCCCUUCUCGCCCCCACACACAAGCCCUUCUUCCCACCCCCGCUUUCGAGGCUAAGCGCAGUAGGUCUGCCUCGAUUGUCUAACCUGUGCCGGAAGCAAACUUAGCAGCCGGCGCCUCCUCAGAACGGGCUUAGAACAGCGCCGAAUGAGGGGGCCAGGGAAAUGCCGACCAAUUGCGCCGCCGCGGGCUGUGCUACCACCUACAACAAGCACAUUAACAUCAGCUUCCACAGGUUUCCUUUGGAUCCUAAAAGAAGAAAGGAAUGGAUUCGCCUGGUUAGGCGCAAAAAUUUUGUGCCGGGAAAACAUACCUUUCUUUGUUCAAAGCACUUUGAAGCCUCCUGUUUUGACCUAACAGGACAAACUCGACGACUUAAAAUGGAUGCUGUUCCAACCAUUUUUGAUUUUUGUACCCAUAUAAAGUCUGUGAAACUCAAGUCAAAGAAUCUUUUGAAGAAAAACAACAGUUGUACUCCAUCUGGACCGUCUAAUUUAAAAUCAAACCUAAAUACUCAACAAGUACUACUUGAACACAGUUAUGCCUUUAGGAAUCCAAUGGAGGCAAAAAGGAGGAUAAUUAAGCUGGAAAAAGAAAUCGCAAGCUUGAAAAGAAAAAUGAAGACCUGCCUACAGAAAGAACGUAGAGCAACUCGUAGAUGGAUCCAAGCCACAUGCUUGGUGAAGAAUUUAGAAGCAAAUAACAUAUUACCUAAGGGCACAUCAGAACACAUUUUACCAACUGCCUUAAGUAGUCUUCCUUUGGAGGAUUUUAAGAUUCUUGAAGGAAAGCAACAAGAUAAAACACUGGCAGUUAUCUAAAUCUAACACAGAUGAAGGACACCUUCACUUAAGUUUAGCUUGCACAGAACUUGAUGUCCAAUCCUCAUUCUUUUUGGAGGCAAAGAUAUUUAUGGUAAUUAUGCGGAAGUUGAUUAUUAAUAAAGCUUUACUUGAAGUACCAUUACUGUAUAACUUAUAAAGACUUGAUUACAAAAAAAAUUUUAUGAGACUUUUAUUUGAAAAUUAUUGGAAGUGCCUUAUGUUAGAAUUACAUUCUUAAAAUUUUUGCUAGGAAAUUACUAUGUUUGCAAGAUGUUUUGUAUUUAUUUAAGCUACUGUUAAAGAACAGCAUGUAACACAUAAUAUGUGUAAUUUAUAUUAGAAAAAGAAUCCUUGUCCAGUUCCAAAGUUGGAAAAUUAAAUUCUAAAUAAGAUGCUAAGUAGUAGCUAACCAACAUUAAAUAGUGAUCUUAAAACUGUUGGGGUUUGGGCCAGCGCUGUGGCUCACUUGGUUAAUCCUCUGCCUGCAGCGCCGGCAUCCCAUAUGGGCACUGGGUUCUUGUCCAGUUGCUCCUGUUCUGGUCCAGCUCUCUGCUGUGGCCUGGGAAGGCAGUGGAGGAUGGCCCAAGUGCUUGGGCGCCUGUACCCAUGUGGGAGAUCUGGAAGAAGUACCUGGUUCCUGGCUUCGGAUCGGCGUAGCUCCGGCUGUGGUGGCCAUUUGGGGGUGAACCAAUGGAAGGAAGACCUUUCUAUCUCUCUCCCUCACUGUCUAACUCUAUCUGUCAAAUAAAUUAAAAAAAAAAAAAACUGUUGGGGUUUGUAUUAAUUAAAUUAUUACUGGCAGUGCCUAUGGUAUGAAAAAUUUAUAGAAAAAACUGAGGUACAGUUUUUCUGUUUUAAGCUUUCUAUAUUUUUUAACCAGUAAAAGUGACUUUAUGACCUUGGUCAUAAAUAUAUUAAAUUUUAAAAUGGAUUGUAAGAUAUUUUGGAAUGUGUAGUAUCGUUGAAUCAUCCAAAUUUGAUAAGGCCUCAAGUACCUCAGACUGAUAAAAAUCCAUAGCUGACUAUAUUGACUUUACAAACAUGUAAUAUACAUGUUUCAGGAUCUAGCUUUACCUUAAUUAAACAAUAGAGAAACACAUAUAACUCUUCUUACAAUAAAAAUACUACAUUUACAUCUUCAAAAUUGAUGUAUUAGUAAGCACAUGUGUUAGCAAAUUCUGUAUUAGGUACUUCUGCUCCUAUAAGUGUUGAUACUAAAACUCAAGCUUUUUUUUUCUUCUUCUUUUUAACUUUCUAAAUACAUUCUGUAUCUCAGAAAUAACAUAUCUGCAUAGUAGACUUUUUCCCCUCCCUUUUCAUAAACCAGCAGCACUUACAGUAUUACAUCUAAAUAAUUCAUAACCAAAAAUAGGAUCUAUCUUACACAUAAGCUUUGCUUUUUAUUUCCUUUUUCAGUAAGUCAAAUAGAGCAACUGUAAUGCAUUUGGGAAAUGAAAUGUAGUUCUUAUAUGUUUUUGAUAAAGCUGUGCAAAUGCUAAUUAUUUUAUAAAACAACUCUUUUGUGGUUGCCACAUGACUAUUAAAGUGUUUGCCUUAUUUCACCAAAUAUUUAAUAAAAAUUCUUUCCUUCAAACAGCUUUGUUCCAAUCAUGUAAAAUGCAUUAGUAUAUCAUCAAGUUAUUUAAUCCUAAUUCAAACUUGUGAUGCUACCAUAUGAAAGCAUAUAGCUGAUCAUAAAUUGGUAUAAAUCAUUCCUGGAAAGUAAUGGCUACUUUGAUAAAAAUAAACUUUGGUCAGCAAUUUGGGUUCCCCUACCCCUUUUUUAAAAUGAUAUUUGCUUGGAUCCUGGCAACAAUCUUUUGACAAUGUUAGUACUGUUUUAAUAAGGAAUGUCUCAAGCAAAUGCAAAGGUAGGAAGAAAUUUUCUUAGUUCUCAUGAGGUAUUUACAGCAAAUAUUUUCUGAAAAUCCUCCCGUGGGUGGUAUUUCUUAAGUUGUUUUAUCUUUGUCAUAAGUACUGGAUGUAGUUCCUUGAAAUUGUCAUUAUAUGUAUUUUAGUAUGGUUUCAAAUACCUUUUCAGUGGUAUAAAUUCAUCAGCAAUUACUAACUGCAUCUGCUUUAUAAUAUAGGCAAAAUUUAAGUUGGGGCAAUAAUCAUUUUAGCAUAAACUGUGUUUUCCAGGACACUCAUGUGGCUUACCUCCUACCCCAAAUACAAAACAAACACUAUUUUAUUAAUGUAGCCCAAUUCCCAUUUAUAAUAAUUAUGUUGUGUAAUAUUUUUAAAACCAUUAAGGCAUAAAAUACGGAAGCUUUUGGCAAAAUUACUCAGUUUUCAUUAUUAUUUGACACCAUUUAAUAAACUGCCACUCAAUUUUAGAGCCAAUUUUCUAUGUGCUUUCUCUUUGUCAUUUUCAUUGUUAAUAUCCUGACAGCAUACUCCAAACCCUCCCCACUAACAUCAGAUCACUCUAUUCACAUAUAUUUGUCUGCCAUAAAGAUUAAUUUCAUUUUCAGAGAAAAACCUAACAGGGGUCUCUUAAAAUCUUCAGUUUCACGAUAGAUUCCUUAUCACUCUAACCAAAUACCAUAAAGCUAAUCAUGUGUCCUCUGCUGGACACAACACAGAUGCUUUCAUCCUGUGUCAUGACUUCUUACAAACAAGUCCAAGGCUAAGAACAAAAAUGAGACAUGAUUUUCUGCUCAAAGUGUCCUGAGAGAAACAAUGCAAUAUGAUAAAUACUAUAAAAGAAAUAAGUGCAAGCUAUGCUUUGGUAAAUCCUGUUGAAUUAGAACUCAGAACACAGAAACUUCAGAAAUUUUUAAAAUCAAAUGAUUUUUUAAAAAUAAACAGAUGUCUUACAAUGAUUUACCAAAGGAAAUAGGACAUUGGUGUUUGAUGUGAACUAGUGUUAUCUUUAAUAAGUCACAGUAUAUUUUUAUCCUUAAAAAAAAAAAAAACGAAGAACUUUAUUACUGGUAUCUGUUAAAAGGAAAACAUACCUAUUAAUAAAAUAAUACAUCAAGGCCCAGUACUAGAGUUUAUUUAAAAUUUGAUACUUUAUACAUAACAAACCCUAUUAAUGCAGAUUUUUAAAAAUAAUUUAACUCAGUCUUAGAAAACAUUUUGGCACCCACUCAUUCUCCUCUUUCUUACAAACAGUCUAUGUGGUAUUAUUUCUGACUUAGACAUGAAGAAAUCUUUGUAAUUUAUUUAUUCACUUAUAUACCUACUUGCACAAGGACUAGAAAUACCUUGUGAUUCAGAAAGUUCUGAACUGAACAACGGUUUGUCUCCAAAUCUCAGCCCUCUAUAGUUAACCAUCCUUUUAACAUAUGGAUAAUGUUUUAAAAAUAGGACAAAUCAUGUGUCCCAAAAAACAAGAUAGAAUACAUAAAGGUAACAUCUGAGGUCACUGUUGAUAUUUUCUAGGUGGACUUCAUAAGGUUGGUAUUUUUUAUCUCUUUUCUCAAUGUUAGAAUACGGGUUAAUUUUAAUUUUGGUAUAAUAGAAGAAAAUGGUUCAUGUGGGAUUCUUUUGGUAUUUAGACAGUUGGAAAUUUCUAAAAUUAAGGAUUUUGUAGUGUAUAUUAAACAGUUACAUAUUGUAUUCUUAAAAAUGUAUUACAAGAAUGUUGAUAUUAAAAACUUUUCUCCUAGGAAAUUACUGUCAUGUCUGUUAUUUCAAAAAACUUCACAAACAUUUCUGUGGAAGUCCUUCCCCCUAAAUAACUCCCAAAAAGACUUCUACAAGGACUCCUCCCUAAAAUGAAGCAAACUGUAAACCAAAUAAAUAUAAUGAAAGCCUUGAAGGGGAAGUAUUUUCACUUUUAUUGCUCAAGUUAUAUCUGAAUGAGAAUUACUGUUUAUUUUCACUGUCUUAAAUACAGGUUAUGCAGUCUAGACUGGAUAUGAGGGGCUAUACAGACUCUCUGUAGUAGUCUCUCCUGACAGUAAUUUGAGGCUCACACAAAAAUUUAGAUGUGAUUAUCAAAGCAUUAUUUUAAUAGCAAACAGGAAGUGAGAAUGUGGUUUUUUUCUGGUAUAUUAAAUUAGUGUUUUUAAUAAUUCAAGAAAUACUAUCUUAACAUUUACUAAGAAACAUUGGGCAAACCAAAAUGAACACGACAAACAUGGUCCUUAUUAAGGCUAUGGGAAAUACUACUCCUGCCCUCACUGUUUUCCGCUUGCUCCCUAAUGUCCUUCAGUAUGAAU